GUUUGCAAGUAUCAAUCACAACCUCAUAAAAAUUUCAAACGUUUUCUUUAACACCAAUACUUUAUACUUCACAUUACAUAUUAAAUAACCUUCUCUUCACUUCAUUCUCUUCCAACCUGGUCAAUUUUUUCAUAACAUGGGUUCACUAGAAAGGUCAAAGAAAAAAACACAUUUAUGGAAAAAAGCCAUGCUUCAUUUUUCUCUAUGUUUUGUCAUGGGUUUUUUCACAGGCUUGGCACCAACAGGUAAAUCUUUGAUUUUUUCUAGCAAAAUCGAAGUUGCAUUCGCAGUUUCAAAUGUAACAGAAUUCGUAACAGCAGCACCUCAACCUUCUCAAGUUUCAACGAAAAAUAGUAACAAAAGUUCGAUAGAUUCUGAUUCAGCAUCAAAUAUUCAUAUCGAAAAAACAACGUUGCAUGCAAAACCACUACCUCAGAUAAAGCCGAAAAGACUUGUUAUCAUAGUAACUCCAACCAGCAAAAAACUACCUUAUCAGAAUGUUUUUUUGAGAAGGUUGGCAAAUACUAUAAAGCUCGUUGAUCAACCGGUGCUUUGGAUCGUCGUUGAAGCGAAAACUGAUUCGCCCGAAUUGUCGGAGAUUUUAAGGAAAACUGGUAUCAUGUAUAGACAUGUUGUUUUUAAUGAAGAGUUUGAGGAUUUAGAAGCUGAAUUGAAUCAUCAGAGAAAUUUAGCACUUAGUCACAUUGAACAUCAUAGAUUGAGUGGGAUUGUUCAUUUUGCUGGACUUUCAAAUGUUUAUGAUCUUCAAUUCUUUCAACAACUUAGAGAUAUUGAGGUCUUUGGGACAUGGCCAACAGCAUUAUUACUAGCAAACAGAAAAAGAGUAAUACUUGAAGGACCAGUAUGUGACUCAUCUCAAGUAAUUGGAUGGCAUUUAAGAAAUAUGAACAAUGAAACAAUAACUCCUCCCAUUCAUAUUUCAAGUUUUGCAUUCAAUAGCUCCAUUUUAUGGGACCCUGAAAGAUGGGGUAGAACUUCAUCAGUUAAAGACACUUCUCAGAAUUCAAUCAAGUUUGUGAAGCAAGUAGUUCUAGAAGAUGAAACUAAGUUGAAGGGAAUUCCACCAUAUUGCUCCAAAAUAUUGUUAUGGCGUUUCAACUUCUAUGCUCGUGCCAUUUCCAAGCAUUAACUUGUAGGAUAAUAGAGAGAAUAAGGAAUAUUGAAGCAACUCAGAAAUUGCUUUACUACUACAAAAUAUAUGAAAUUUAUUCAAUUUUUAUUAUUUUACCUUUGUAAUUGUUUUUGGUAUAUAGUUUUUUUCUCGGUUCGUAAUUUUUGUUAGUUUAUGUAAGAGAAGCAACACAUUUAAAGCAUAUUUGAUUAUUUUUUGAUAAAAAGGUACUAGAGUUUCUAGCA